UUAUUAACACAACGCUAAAUUUAUUGGAAAAUAUCGUGAGUCACAUUUCACCUUAAACGUCUCAUCGAUUUUUAAAGCAAUCGAUACUAUCGACUCGUACAUCGAUUGCUUAGCAGCUAUAGUGUGGUUUAUGGAGUAAAAAAGCUACGGAAUUAUGAUUGAAAUAAACAAAACUGCAAUUGGAAUUGCAGCAGGUUUGGCUGGAACGUUGUUCAUUGGAUAUUGCAUUUAUUUUGACAACAAACGCCGUAGUGAACCAGACUACAAAAAAAAAGUGCGCGAUCGUCGUCGGCGUAACCGUAAGGUAGGAUCUGCUAAACAGGGAAUGCCAAAUUUGAGUGACCAUGAAGCUAUAGAAAGAUAUUUCCUUCAAGAAAUUCAGCUAGGUGAAACCUUGAUAGCUCGUGGUGAUUUCGAAAGCGGUGUCGAGCAUUUAGCUAAUGCAAUCGUAGUGUGUGGUCAGCCCGCUCGAUUACUACAAGUGCUUCAAUCCUCUCUACCGGCUCAAGUGUUUGCUAUGUUAAUUAUCAAAAUGCAAGAAUUCGGUAAUAGGCCUUCAGAAUCUAACGAAGGAUUGGUCGCUGGAACUCGCUCUAGCCAGAAUGAGAGCUCUUCAAAUAUUUUAGAAACUUCCGGAUCUGCAACCGUUGAUGACUUAGAAUAAUAAUUACAAAUGAACAAAGGAGCCUAGUAUAUAUAUUUCAACAAGAUAAGGGCUUCAUAUUAUAAUUUAAUAAAGUUCGAUACAUGUGUAAUGUAUGAAUAUUAAAUUUUAAACUUAACUGAUUGAUUAUAAUAAGCAUUAAUUUUUAAUUACAUUGUAUUCCUCCAACAA